AUGGCGCCUCUAGUGGAUAAUCCCAUGAUUGCAUCCGCAACAUUGCAUAAUCCAUUACCGCUUUGGUUGCAUACUUACAUCUGGCCCUUCGCGAUUAUAUGGCCUGUCUUCUUUCGAUACUAUCUCUCGCAAGAUUUAUACGAUCAACAUAUCGGCGGGCAAGAAUGGACUUUUGUGUGGUGUGGGACAAUUAUCACAGCGCAAAGUUUAGUAUGGCUCAGCACACAUUGGAAUAUUAACUUGAGAUCUCUGUUCACUUCGACAUCCGCAAAGUCUGUUUCAACUGCCCAGCUCAUUAAGGUUCAUCCUAUCACGAAUGCUGGAUCUGCGGAUUUCUGUAAAAUAGACAGAGAUAAUGCUGGUGGAAAAAGCAAUGUUUCUUUCCUAUUUCAAAAACGUCGAUUUCUUUACGAUCCAUCGAAGAACUCGUUUGCCCCCUUGAUAUACUCAAUAGAUCAAGAGCCAAAGCCACUUUUAGAGACAUAUCAAAAGUCUAGAGGUAUCGAUUCAGCAUCUGAGCUUUCCAGAAUUCAUCAACAUUAUGGCGAUAACACUUUCGAUAUCCCGGUCCCUACUUUUUCAGAAUUGUUCAAAGAGCAUGCAGUCGCACCAUUCUUCGUCUUCCAAAUCUUUUGUGUUGGGUUAUGGAUGUUGGAUGACUACUGGUACUAUUCCUUGUUUACCCUGGUCAUGUUGGUAGGAUUUGAGAGUACAGUAGUCUGGCAACGCCAAAGGACCUUGACCGAAUUUCGAGGAAUGAGUAUCAAGCCAUACGAUAUUUUCGUUUACCGAUUGAACAAAUGGGAGGAAACUCAAAGCGAUAAGCUUCUACCAGGAGAUCUUGUUUCAGUUGGCCGAACCAAGGAAGAUAGUGGUGUAGCUUGCGACAUGAUUUUGGUUGAAGGAAGCGCCAUUGUGAACGAAGCUAUGCUUUCUGGAGAAAGUACCCCACUAUUGAAGGAUUCAGUGCAACUCAGACCCGGUGAUGCAGUCCUAGAGCCAGAAGGUCUUGACAAGAAUGCAUUCCUUUAUGGAGGAACGAAAGUUCUACAAAUUACACAUGGAAAUACCGAUGAGGAAAGACCAAAGAUCGCUUCGGGCGUUCCAUCUCCCCCAGACAAUGGUGCUAUGGCCAUUGUGGUAAAAACUGGAUUCGAGACAUCGCAGGGCAGCUUGGUUCGAACUAUGAUUUAUUCUACCGAGCGGGUAUCCGCCAAUAAUGCUGAAGCUUUGUUCUUCAUUCUUUUCUUAUUGAUUUUCGCAAUCGCUGCAUCUUGGUACGUUUGGGAUGAAGGUGUGAGAAAGGACAGAAAACGAUCCAAGCUUCUGCUUGAUUGCGUCUUGAUUGUUACCAGUGUCGUACCUCCGGAAUUGCCUAUGGAGCUCAGUCUUGCAGUCAACACUAGUUUGGCAGCUCUUAGUCGUUAUGCUAUUUAUUGCACCGAACCGUUCCGCAUUCCAUUUGCUGGGCGCGUUGAUGUUGCAUGUUUCGACAAGACCGGUACAUUGACUGGAGAAGAUUUGGUCGUUGAAGGUAUUGCUGGUCUAGGUCUAGGUCAUUCCGGUACCGAUACCCCUCGUGAAAACGACGGUGCCCACAGCCAUAUCACUCCCGUUCUACAAGCUUCAUUGGAGACCACGUAUGUGCUCGCUACGGCUCAUGCCCUAGUCAAAUUGGAUGAGGGUGAUAUUGUCGGAGAUCCUAUGGAGAAAGCUACAUUGACUUCGUUGGGCUGGACACUUGGGCGAAAUGAUAUUUUGUCUAGCAAAAUUCAAACUGGUGCACCCUCAUCUUCGGUUCAAAUCAAACGCCGUUUCCAAUUCUCGUCUGCUCUUAAACGUCAAAGCUCUGUCGCCUCAUUGACCGCUCUCAAUACCCAAACUGGUAAGAAGAUUCGUUCUACUUUCGUUGGUGUCAAAGGAGCUCCAGAAACCAUCAUGAGAAUGUUGGUCAAGGUUCCCGCGGAUUACGAAGAAACCUACAAAUACUUUACCAGGAAAGGAUCGCGUGUUCUCGCUUUGGCCUACAAAUAUCUAUCUACCGAGUCUGAACUUGGCUCUGGCAAAAUCAAUGAUCUAAAGCGUGAAGAAGUGGAGAGCGAAUUACAUUUCGCUGGUUUCUUAGUCCUACAUUGCCCUCUCAAGGAUGACGCGAAGAAAUCUGUACAAAUGCUCAAUGAAAGUAGUCACCGUGUCGUUAUGAUCACUGGUGAUAACCCUCUGACCGCCAUCCAUGUUGCCAGAGAAGUUGAAAUUGUGGAUAGAGAUGUCCUCAUUCUUGAUGCACCAGAGCAUGAUGAUUCAGGGGAGAAACUGGUAUGGAGAAGUGUUGAUGACAGUAUCAGCAUUCCUGUUGAUCCUUCCAAGCCUAUUGACAAAAAGAUCAUUGAGAAUAACGACUUGUGUGUCACUGGUUACGCCCUGUCUAAAUUCAAGGAUCAAUCUGCACUUUCUACCAUUUACCGUUAUGCAUGGGUAUAUGCUCGUGUAUCUCCAAAACAAAAAGAAGAGAUUCUUACCGGCUUGAGAGAUCUUGGUUACCAUACCCUCAUGGCUGGUGAUGGUACAAACGACGUUGGAGCCUUGAAGCAAGCUCAUAUUGGUAUUGCGUUACUCAAUGGCUCGCAAGAGGAUCUCAACAAGAUUGCCGAACAUUUCAGAAACAACAAAAUGAAAGAACUUUACGAGAAGCAAUGUCAAAUGAUGACACGAUUCAACCAACCAACUCCUCCAGUACCCAUAUUGAUUGCACAUUUGUAUCCACAAGGACCUAAAAAUCCACAUUACGAUAAAGCUAUCCAGCGAGAAGCCGAUAAGAAGGGUAUUUCUGUGGCUCUCAUGGAAACUGCUGCUAACAAAAACAAAACUGAUGACGUGGAAACGAUUACUUCGCCUGGCGCUCAAGCUUUGAUCAAUGGUCAGCAAAACAAGCCGACUUUGAAUGAUGCACAGAAGAAAGCGGCUAGUCUUGCUGAUAAAAUGACUCAAAGUCUGAUGGAAGCAGAAAUGGAUGAUGAUGAGCCACCUACAAUCAAGCUUGGUGAUGCAUCCGUCGCUGCCCCAUUCACCAGCAAGCUGAGUAACGUCAUUGCUAUCCCCAACAUCAUUCGUCAAGGUCGUUGUACGCUUGUUGCAACCAUUCAAAUGUACAAAAUUCUUGCUUUGAAUUGUCUCAUUAGCGCCUACAGUUUGAGUGUGUUGUAUCUCGAGGGUAUCAAAUUUGGUGAUGGUCAAGUGACAAUUAGUGGAAUGCUCAUGAGUGUUUGCUUUUUGUCAAUUUCCCGGGCAAAGUCCGUGGAAGGUCUAUCCAAAGAAAGACCCCAGCCAAAUAUCUUCAACUUCUAUAUCAUUGGAUCUAUCCUUGGACAAUUCGCAGUUCAUAUUGUUACACUUAUUUACAUCGCUCGUUUCUGCGAUAAGAUUGCUCCACGUGACCCAGACAUUGAUCUCGAAGGAGAAUUCGCUCCAUCCCUCUUAAACAGCGCUGUCUAUCUUCUUCAACUGAUUCAACAAAUUUCCACAUUCGCAAUCAAUUAUCAAGGUCGUCCAUUCCGUGAAGCCAUUUCCGAAAACAAAGGAAUGUACUACGGUAUCAUUGGUGUAUCCGCUAUCGCUUUCUCUUGCUCGACUGAAUUCAUCCCUGAGGUUAAUGAGAAAAUGAAAUUGGUUCCAUUCUCAUAUGAUUUCAAAGUAGUUAUGACGACUACGAUGAUUGUGGAUUAUCUUGCUUGUUUUGUUAUUGAAAAGGUGCUCAAAGCUCUUUUCAGUGAUUACAAACCAAAGGAUAUCGCGAUUAGACGGCCAGAUCAACUCGCAAGGGAACAGAAGAGGAUUGAAGAUUUGAAGUUGGAGGCGAUGAAGGCAGAGGAGGAAAAGGCUCAAAGAGAGAUUGAGGAGUUGGAGAAAAAGAUUAGCACGAAGGGUAGAUCAUGA